AUGCUUGCCCGCGCCGCAAAAUCUGGCUCGAUAGUCCCAUCUCCAAAUGCCCUCCGAGUGCUCCGCCAAUUGGCCCUGGCUGGCUCAACAGUUGGCGGGUUCUGCACCGUCGCAGCCCUCACGUACGAAGCCCAUCGCCGGGUCCGCAUCGCCGAGAAGAUCAUCGAGAACAAACGAACAUUACACAGUACCGCGCCCAAUUAUGAUGCAACAUCUGCUGCCAAAAGACUCAAGGUGAUGGUUGAGGCGGCGGAGGCGGGCGAAUUCAUGGGCAUUGAAUCCCUCAAGGCGAGGAAUCGAAACGUACCUGACGGGCCAGAUGAGCCAGGGUUCGAGACAGAAAAGCCCGGUCCGAAGCCCAAGCCCAAGCCCCUAGUCAGCUUACAAAAACACCACGCUCGCUCAAAACGGGUGCUUUUUGGGACUCAUCCAAUUGCACAAUCCCACUACACGGGAAACCUCGAUGCUCCAAGCUUGGCCCAGAACGCUGAGAUUCUGGCGCGUGAGACACAGCAGGGCGAAAUUGCACGACAAUCUGGCAAGCUCCCCUUCGAUGCCGAAAUCCGCAAAUUGUUAAAUCAAGACCGGGAAAUCACUGCUGCGAACUUGUUCUUGGCGCACACUCGGCAGACACCUAUCAUUUCUUGGGAACGCAGAGAGCUUGCAUGUAUCAUAUUCACUGCGAACUGCAUCAAAGGAAACCUGUUCGUUGCUCGAACUUUGUUCAACCGCAUGGACAAAGUCAGUGUGGUCUCCGGGGAGAUGUGGGCCACACUGAUGCAUCUGCUUGCGAAAGAGGGCCACAUCGACUCUGUUGGCGUUAUAUAUGAUAAAUUCAGAACCAGCUUUGCUGUUCCAACCCAUCUGUUAGAGGUCAUCCUCCGAUGUCUGAUCGAGUCCAAACGAUUGGACUCCGCCAAAUACCUCUUCUUCCAGCGCUUCGAGGACGACCGUGACUGUGGUCUGUGUGGUGCUUAUCUUGAUGGAUUAUGGAGGAAGACUAGGAGCAUGGAAUUGCUUUCUUCCCAACUCGGCCUCAUUCUCAAACGUCUCGAAUCACUCGAUCGGAAACCAACCGAGAAACUUUUCAACCCAAUGGUCAAGGCCAUGGUUGAAACUGGUCGAGCCGAAGAAGCCGAAGCUAUGGUCAAGGCGAUGUCAACACAUUAUGGGACGGAGCCUGGAUGUCGGACCAUUGGCUUGAUUAUCUACAACAGAGCACUUAACUGUGAAUGGGACAGGGUCAUGGAUGGCAUGCGUGCUAUGCAUGAGCAUGGAUACACCGAAUCAAAGAAGGAUUUCACUAUGAUUUUCGACCGCGUAUUCUUGGAAUACUAUCCCACCCACACGGGCCAGCAAAUCCUCGACUUCGUCAUCGCUUGUAUCAACGAUUUUGACAUACAACCCGACAAGGUACUCCACCGACACAUUCUCGAAGCAAUCAUUGAAAAGGGCAACGAAGAUAUGGUUACAACCAUCAUGGAGAUGGCCCACGAUCAGAAUUGGAAUACCGGUAUUGACGAUGCGUUCAUUAAGUCACUCGUGAAGAGCCGAAAACUCGCGAUGACCGACAACCCGGUGGGAAUCUGGCGGCUGAAGCAAGCCGCCAAGAAUCGACAAGAUCAUUUAACUUCUUCUCGGCGCAUCCUUGGGUCUAGUUCUGACACGUGGGCAGUAAGAGGAGAGAAAAUUGCCCCGAUUCAUAUUCCCGCCGAGGAAUCUUUCCCUCGAACGGUGAGCGAGAUGGUGGCCUCCAAAAACGCCAGUCUAUACGUUCCGCUCCACAAACGGAUGGAGCACUUUAUCAACAUGGGCAGGCACUCCGAUGCUUUGGCAAUUUACAAUCAUGCAACAACGGGCGGUUACGUUGUCAGACCGCUGCACCUGAAGCUAGCUGUAAUCGCCGCGAUUCUCAGUUGCAAAAAGACAGGCUUGGCGAACGCGCGACGUCUGAUUACAUCGGAAUGGGAUUACUGGAAGAAUGUUCCUGCUCUUCGUUAUAGCAAGCGUUUCACUUCGUGGAUCCCUAUCUUCUUCCAACGAGUCAUGGAGUUGGACCCAGAAGCCGUUGGGUACGGAGGCUUGAUCAAGAUCGCGAUCUUUGAAUAUUAUGAUAUCUGUGCCAACACCAAUGGUCUUUCGGUGAAGCACUUCUGCGCGACUUCUUCCAGCCGUUACCUCAUUGGGGGUGGAACCCCAGAACUUGCCAUCGACCUCCUCACAACAAUCUACCAAUCUCGGUGGCGGCUCUCCCAUGGAUUCGACCAGGUACUAUUGAAGAUGCUGCUGCGUGGGUUUGCCAAGGUCCAUAACUUCAAGGGGGUCUGGUGGUGCAUAAUGACAGUCCUCUCGCGGAAUGAGCCCAUCAAUCAGGACUUUGUCGUGGAAGCUACCUCUCAGUUGGGCUCGUUGGAAACUGCGAUCAGAUCUUCUGGCUCCUGCGAGGCCACGGGGCAAGUGUUGGUACUCCGGCAAAUCGUGGGGGCGCUGGAGGCCAAGUCUGAAGGUGAUUCGCAUUGGUCAGCCAUUAACGUUCAACCGGAGUUGAAAAGGUUGAAUCGUUCCAAGCCAUUCAAACUCCCCGAGCAACAUCAUUUACUGCCCACCACCGACCUUGGUGAACUCAUCAUGAACUUUGAUGAAGAGUGGGAGUUGGAUAUGUUGCUUAGGCGUAAGCAAUUCGAUGCUCCUGAUCAUGCAAAGUGGUGGGCAGAGUCCAAUGUCUCGAAUUUGCACACCGUCCCUUCAGAAGAUCCCGAAUACCCUUGGAACAAUCCAGCGAAUUGGGGUAGGCAUUAUGUGCCCGAGAAAUACUCGUCCGACUAUCACCUUGAGUUUUCACCCAGAGGGGAAUACGAGGAGUAUAUGGAGUAUGAGGAUUAUCAGGGGCAUCGAGCGUCUCAGUGA